AUGGCUUUUCCUGCUGAAAAUUUAUCUACUUGGGAAGAAAUUGAUCGUUCGGAAAGUUACCUAGUGAGUGGGAUGUUUGAGGAAGCGUCGUUGUUGGCUUCCUCGAUUAUUAAGGAUUUGAUCGAGAAUCAUCAGACUGAAAGUGUGGAAGAUUCUGAUGAAAAUAGAUUUGAUGAUAUGUUGGAGUCUGCUGCUAUGGUUUUGGUUCAGUCCAUGAAGGAACUUGGAAGGACUCUACAUAUUCUGAAGGAGCUCGAACUAUUGUUUGGUUCAGUCACAGCCGUUCCUGUCCUAGUUUUCAUUACAGGGACUUGUCUUCAGAUAUCAGAAGGCGCAUCUUCUGGUGCUGACAGAUAUCUAGAGGAGUUCCUUGGCAAAUGGAUAUAUAAAGAUGAGGGUUAUUAUUUGUUGGAUGAAACUGGGAUGGUCAAUGGCAAAAGGGUCAGCAAACAGUUAUCUCUUGCAGUUGACAAGUACCUGGAGAUUGUUGAUCUCUAUUUGAUAACUUGUCUUGGGGCAGUAACGAAAAAAACUGAUAUUGCAAUCUCCUGGGUUGAGAAAGCUGCAUUGCCCGAGGAGAAAAGGCAGGAACUUUUGAGGCGAUUGAACUCCAUGAGUGCUCUUAAUGUUAGCUCGUCACGAGCUUCUGUUCCAUCUUCGCACGUAGACGAUCUUGGAGUUGAAUCUGCUCUUAAAACUUCAAAGAAUUUGGAAUCUGAAUAUCAAGUGAAUAAAAGAAACUCCGUGAAUGAAACAGUUUUGAAAUUGUCUAGGCAGCAAGUUCCACGCUUCUGGUGGUUCCGGAAUAUUACUCUGAAGUUUGGAAGUCAUAGGUUGGUCAUUUCAAAUGGGAAGGUUUUUAUGAGCUGUGUGGUGUUAUUGUUAUGCUAUUAUCUGAGGAGGAAACAAGCUUCUCUUCAGAGGGUCUUGAAGAAGCAAGCAUUGUCCGUGAAGAAGGCUGUGUUGGACUUGUGGCAACUUGCCUUUUCUUAUCAGGUGAAUCCUUUAGCUGCGGUCCAACCUCUUCCUGCCGCACCUCGUGGAAGCCGGUAG